AUGGCGUGGUACAAGGUUGAUGUGGCUGUUCGAAAUUGCAGAAGCUACGACGUAGGCGAGUGUGUGGUCUCCGACUGGGUUGGUUGCGACGGCUCUUUUCAGAUGUGCUUGCGUGUAUAUCCGCAAGGCAUCGAGGAACGAGACUAUGAGAGCAUGAGUGCGUAUUUACAGAUAGCGCGUGACCAGGAAGACGACGAGGAAGCAAAUUGGUCGUGCCCCGAUCUGGAGUUUGAGAUCGCAGCCAUACGGCAAAGCAGCAGCACUCGCAAAGAGUGUCGUGCUAGAUUCCUUGACGUGCAUACAUUCACCAGAGAGUUGGAAAAUUUUGGAUGGCCAGACUUUCUGCGAUUGUCGCGUCUCGAUGAUGAAGCCGGCUGGUUGAAUGAGAAUGGGGAGGUCGUAAUAGAAGCGUCGGCGAAAUUGCCACUGCCUGGUUCAUCUGCUUGCCCAACCUUUCAUGCUGAAGCCCCUGUCUCUUCUGUAGAUUUGACGCAAGAGCCUUCCUUUGUGACAUUCCAUCUACGCAAUUCGCCACCCCUACAUUUCGACAAGCGUGUGCUUAUGGCCCGCUCCGCGCACUUCAGGCACAUGAUGUCGGAAGCGCGCUGGAAGGAAGGACGGAGGGGUGAAAUCGACUUGACCUCUGAUCCACAAGUGGACAACCGCUCUUUGAGCUCGGUCCUUACAUUCCUGAUGUCCGAUUGCUUCGAUGCACACGGCGACACGGUGUUCGCAUUUGCGGUUCGGGGCCUUGCUGACCGCUGGGGCCUGCUUGGGCUGGUGGACAAGGCGGAGAGUGAGCUGGUGGGCCUGCUGUGUGCUGACAAUGCCUUGUCUUUCCUCGGGCAGGUCAUCGGCACCCACGGUCGCUUGGAGCACGCCUGUCUUAGCAUGAUCCAAGCCAGGGACUGUGAACUCCUAGAGCAACAGCGUGACAGGCUCGAUGGGAUCAUUCUGGAGGACCCGUGUCUUGCUGGACAGCUGUUUCGUUCUUUGCUUGGAGUUCGCCAUAAGAAGAGGCGUUUGUGUUAG